AUGCACCUGACGGGGGCGUCUAGCGGCGCCGUGUCGCCGGACACCAGCUCGACCCUCCUCCACGAGACGUACACGAAGAUGACGUCGGACAUCCUCGCCGAGAGGACGCUGGGCGACUUCCUAUCGGAGCACCCGGGCGAGCUGGUGCGGACGGGCAGCCCGCACUUCGUGUGCACGGUGUUGCCGCCGCACUGGCGCUCGAACAAGACGCUGCCGGUGGCGUUCAAGGUGGUGGCGCUCGGCGACGUCGGCGACGGCACGCUGGUCACCGUCCGCGCCGGCAACGACGAGAACUGCUGCGCGGAGCUGCGCAACAGCUCGGCGGUGAUGAAGAACCAGGUGGCGAAGUUCAACGACCUGAGAUUCGUCGGCCGCAGCGGUCGCGCGCUGUGCAAAUGGAAAGUCGCUCGCCGGCAAGACUUGAAGAAGCGGACCGCCUUCUCGCGCGCGAACCAAUGGAAAGUUGCCGAGUGCGGCGUCUUCCCCGGAGGCGGGGCGCGCGCCGCUUGCGGUCGUGUAGCCAUU